AGUUCCAAUUCAGAAGUAAACAAAUAAUCACCUAGAAAUCGAAGAGAUUCGGUUCCGCGCAAGCGAUAUGGAGACGUUAAAUAUAAAACCGUUAAUUAUGCAUAAAGAGUGGUCUCCGGAAGCGCCGAACGGCGUAGAGGCCACUCCAGGGGCGGCAGGCGCAAGCCCCGCCUCUGUGGCGUCCACCUCGAGCGAGGAGCGCGCCAUCCGCCGCAUCGUCGGCCGCUGGGGCGCCGAGUGGAUGAGCUGACUCGGCUCCGGGACUAUCAAACCUGCUGGCCCUCAAUGGCCGGCUGAUCACCCCCUACCGCCACCGCGUUGGGGGGCCCCGCGCCCGGCGCUCCACCUAACCCUUCAAAAAUACGAGGAUCUGGUGGCUAAAGCCGAGGCGAUAUUGAGCCGUCUCGUCGUCUCAGAAAACUACGAUUCAGUUAACAACUUCCUCUCCCUUUACGACGCGUACAUGGCUGCUCCGGAUGCUACGCUCAAGGAAUACUUUCCUAAGUACAAUCCUCCGAUCAGGCCGAAGAAAAACACCUGUGUUGGUCUGGGCAUGGAAGUUAUGAAGAAGCUCAAAGUUCUGGAGAAGGAUUUCCCUGGAAUAACGAAGUCUAUGAUGCUGGUAUCGUGUGAUGAGAACAUUGAUAGUCUGGUGGACUAUGCAACUUCAAGUCCUGGGCCUCAGGGAUUUCUAAUCGAGACGGAGAAAGAUCACGUGAUGGUUGCAAUACAUAUCAGGAUUGGUGGGAGAUCUGGUGUGUUCCUGUCUGAUUUAGGUUAUCACAUCUCAAGAGUCGUUACUGUUAUGGCAGAUAGAUGCUACCCACAUACUGGCUGGUUCACGCAGUCCGACGAACCGCAUUGUCGCAAGGAAUACAAUUAUCAGUACAACACCUUAAAUACCAACUAUAUCGAGUGGCACGAGCGGGAGACUAGAAGCGCGAAAGUCAAAGAACGUCUUUCCCUCAUUUACGUUGCUAAGGCCUAUCUGUCAGCUAUCAGUGUUACUGAGAAGAGAAACCUGGUUUGGGACUUAAGGAGUCUUCUAGCCAGAGAUCCCAAAGGUCGUCUGACGGCUGGUAUUUACUUCCCAUUGAAACCCAAGACGCAGGAGUUCACCAUGUUCUUCGAAGGCAACAACGGCAAGCAAAGGAAAAAACUCAAGUUCGAACACUUCCUUGAGUUGCAGAAGAUUCCAGAUGAACUGGUGGAUGAAGUAGAACAAUGCAACGAUCAGCUCCGUCUUCGUGACGGAGAGCUCCUCUCGAUCCUCAACCGUCUGGCCACAAUCAUCAACGACGAGGAGUAUAUAGCUGAGCUUCUGGAAGUCAACAACCGAAUUGUGCAACUUUCUGCUGGCCAACCUUUAUAAAGAAUCUCAGAUUCAGGAUGAAUAUAGCAGAUUAUCCCUUGAUCUUACAUCCCAGAGUGCAUGCAAGAAUCCACGAUACUGUAAUGGAAAUUCAUAGAUUGAAGAGUCGUACAUUGGAAUACAAACAUCAACGAUACAAAAAUAUCGAAGACGAAAUAUAUAGAAAAGAAGAAUAGUACCAAUUUGAAAAGCUACUUUCAAGAAUUUGGAAGAAAAUCGAAAUAAACAUACAAGGUGUGAUUUACGAUAAGCGUCGUAUUCAGAGUUAGAAGUUUAUCUGAAUCAUUAUUAAUGUUGUAGCGUUUUUCUGUAUCAUUAGUUGCCACGUUAGUAAUUUCAUUGGU